UCUGCUGCACAACCUGUUUGUUGAUCGCUCUAUGUGGCUUAUUAACACCCCGAGUUUAUUAUAAGCCGGGUUGAUUUCUCAGGGGGCUCUAAGUUGCCGUCGCCAAGCGGAGAUAGCUAUCUGUCUGACAGCAGGCACAACAACACAACGAGUAUGUCCUAAGCUUUUAUUUGGCGACGGAAUUAAACUGAAGAAGAGGCUUUUCAAAUGUAGCUUGUUAGCUAGCUGCGUCGCGUACAGUGUACACACAGCCUUUUUGUUCUGCUCUUCAACAGCCUCUGCAUGUCAAAUUAUCACAAGUGUUAACAACAGAUAGGGCGCGAAAACGGCGGUUGUUGUGUUGAAAAACGUGUCAAGGAUAUUCCCUGGUUGUCAGUUCUCAGCCCCGGGGCUAACCCCCGGUCGCCGACCGACUUAAUGGCCGGAAAUCCGAGGAGGGGCGCCGGUCUCAUCGGCUUGAUGAAGGACGCCUUUCAGCCCCACCAGCAGCCUCUCCAGCCUCACCAACCUGCAGUGGUCGAUAAGAAAAUGGUGGAGAAAUGCUGGAAACUCAUGGAUAAGGUGGUGCGUUUAUGUCAAAACCCCAAGGUGGCGUUGAAGAACAGUCCACCCUACAUCCUAGACCUGCUGCCGGACACCUACCAGCACCUACGCACCGUUCUUUCCCGAUACGAGGGCAAGAUGGAGAUCCUUGGGGAGAACGAGUAUUUUCGCGUGGUCAUGGAGAAUCUGACCAACAAGACGAAGCAGACCAUGAGCCUUUUUAAGGAGGCCAAGGAGAGGAUGUACGAGGAGAACUCGCAGCCCAGGCGAAACCUUACCAAGCUGUCUCUGAUCUUCAGUCACAUGUUAGCAGAGCUAAAAGCCAUCUUCCCCAAUGGCUUAUUUCAGGGCGACAAUUUCAGGAUCACCAAAGCUGAUGCUGCUGAAUUUUGGAGAAGGUCAUUUGGGGACAAGACCAUUGUGCCAUGGAGGACAUUUCGUCAGGCUCUCCACGAGUUUCACCCAAUCAGCUCGGGCUUGGAGGCCAUGGCUCUCAAGUCCACCAUCGACCUCACCUGCAACGACUACAUUUCUGUCUUUGAGUUUGACAUCUUCACCAGGCUCUUCCAGCCAUGGUCGUCCCUUUUAAGGAACUGGAACAGUCUGGCAGUCACACAUCCUGGUUACAUGGCGUUCCUAACCUACGACGAGGUCAAGGCUCGACUCCACAGGUUUAUUCACAAACCUGGCAGCUACAUCUUCAGACUGAGCUGCACUCGGCUCGGCCAGUGGGCAAUCGGCUAUGUGACAGCUGAUGGGAACAUCCUGCAGACCAUCCCCCAUAACAAACCACUCUUCCAAGCCCUCAUUGAUGGAUACAGAGAGGGAUUUUAUUUGUUCCCAGAUGGUCGUGCACAGAACCCAGACCUCACAGGGCUGUGUGAACCUUCUCCACAGGACCACAUCAAAGUUACUCAGGAGCAGUAUGAGCUGUACUGUGAGAUGGGCUCCACUUUCCAGCUUUGUAAGAUCUGUGCAGAGAACGACAAGGAUGUGAAGAUCGAGCCCUGCAGACACCUGAUGUGCACUUCCUGUCUGACUGCCUGGCAGGAAUCGGAGGGUCAAGGCUGCCCUUUUUGCCGCUGCGAAAUUAAAGGUACAGAGCCCAUCGUAGUGGAUCCAUUCCACCCGAAGGCCAGCGGGGCUUCCUUUGCUGGUUUCCAGGGGUCCGGCCGAGCAGAGGCUGCAGGCAAUGACGAGGAAGAGGACGAUCGCCUCGAGGACCACCUUGUCAUGAGCAGGCUGGCCUGCUCCAAGGUAGAGCGCCCACCAUCUCCAGUGUCUCAGCUGCCUCCGGUGCCCCCCCGACUGGACCUCCUGCAGCAGAGACCCUCCAGCUCCCACAGCGCUCAGGUUCAGGGAGCCACAGCCAAGAUCGCAGCCACUCAUAGAGACAAGCCUCUACCUCUGCCUCCAGCCCUGAGAGAGCUGCCCCCUCCUCCCCCUCCAGAGCGCCCCUCCCUGGUCGGCCAGGACUCCAGACUCCAGAGGAGACCCCUGCCCUCUACCCCCGACCAGCCUGCCUGGGCUUCCAACUACAUGGUCCCACGUCCUGCUACCAAGGCCCUGUCGGGUUUGUCCUCCACCCCGCAGAGCAACGGAACCAGCGGAGAGGGAAUCAAAACUCAGGCGGCUACUAACGCUGUGUACUGCCUGGCUGCAAGAUCUCUGCCAGCGGCAUCUGUAUCGAGCGUGGAGAACCCGCCGUCUGACUCUGAGGAGAACGAGUACAUGAGUCCCACCUCUCUUCCCGCCUCUGGUGCCCCCUGGGUCAUAACAGGCUCCUUGGUGCCUCCUCCACCGGCACAGACAAACCACCACAAUGACAUCAGUGAGGUGGCUGACAGCGACUCUGAGGACCCCCAAGUCUAUGAGUCCAUGUGUAUCAUCCAGGCCCAGGCUGGUUCUUCUGAGACGGCACAGGCUUCUGAACUGGACCUCCCUCAACAUUCAGCUGCGGUUCCCCUGGACAGGAAGGAGGACACUUGUGAGGAGGAUAUUUACGAGUAUGACUGUCCCCGACCGCUCGUCCCUCCCGCCCCCACCAGAAGAACCAUGUCAGAUAUCGGCGGCCCUUUGGCGGCCUUCAGCAGUCUCAGCAUCGACGGUGCAGUAGAUGCCAGUAUGUUUGCAGCCGGUGUCGACCCUGAACGCCCUCCUAAGCCUCUCCCACGUCGAGCCAACUCCGACCGACGGCCUCGGCCUAUAAACCGCGAAUUUUCUGCUCCAUUACCAGACCUCCCUGGCCCCUCCUCUGCCUCCUCCUCCCCUCCUCCUCCUCUUCCUCCUCCUCCUCCUGCAGGCCCUGGAAGCCUGGCCCUAAACGGGGAGAUCGAAUGUCUGAUGUCCCAAGGCUACUCCAUCCAGGACAUCCAGAAAGCCCUGAUGAUCGCCCAGAACAACCUGGAGACGGCCAAAAACAUCCUGCGCGAGUUUGUCUCCAUCCCCUCCACAGCACACAUCGCCACAUAGUCACUCCGGGCGAGCCCAUCCUCUCUGUCUCAUCUGUCUCCACUCUGUGCCAUUAUCAUGGAUAAGCAUUUACCGAGCACUUUCCUGCAGGGCCACAAGUACUUGGCUUCAAUCUGAGCUGCGUUCACGUCAUAUCAGAGGAUGAACGAGAUGAAAUCAUCUGCAAGUUCAAAGUUCUCGUUUUAGUUGUGGAAAUACAUUAUUUUAAUUAUCUCGGAGUACUGUUACACCAAUGCCAAGUGUUUGACAUUGUCUAAUAAUAAUCGCUGUUUGAAGAUUGAGGUUCUUUCAGUCCAGUUUGGUUUAAGAAGCAGCUUGAUAGAGGCAGAACAGUCAGAUAUGACGUGAACGCAGCAUACACGGAGAACAGAAGCCUUUAAUGUGAGCUCUCUGUAGCCAAGCUUUGACCCUGUCGUACUUUGCUGAGGUCCACUCGUGCUGUGGCAGCGUCUCCCCUCAGUCUGAGUAUCGUCUCUCAUUAAGCUACGUGUUGAAGUGAUCAGCAGCGGGAUCAUGGUUUUUGACUCAGUCUCCCGCUGCUGGCAGCCGUUCAGUUUGGUGCUUUUACAGGCUUCUUGGCAAAUUUGUGGCGUACGAAAAUGUAGCGAGUUCGGUCGGAAAAUUAGUGAUUUAACUCUGUGGCGUGUGUAUGUGUGCGUUUGCUCAUGCUGAUGAAUGUGAAUGUUCAGUCGCAGUGCAGUAUCGCAGGGCUUCACAUCGUACACGUCACUGUGGCUCGCACCGUUUUCGAUGGUAUUCGACAAGUUGACACCAUGUUUUCCUCUCAGCUCCCGGUUCAAUGAUGGUUCUGUAAUGAAAUAACACAUUUUAAUGUUUAAGUACUCUCAUAACUUGUCGUGCUGUGUGUAGUACUAACAAUGGCUGAGUUUAUUUUGUCAUUUAACUCCAUGAUUGCCUCCCAGGCGCUCUGUCAACGAAGGCUGGUUUAUUUACUCAAAAGCUUCUCUCAUAGUAUCGUACUAAUAAGCAAAAGGACUUUUUAACUUGUGCUGUUAGAUUUCCUCCCACAUGUUGAUGCGAUUUAGCAUCGCAUUUGUACCCAGAGCAGCCAAGAGAUCAGAUUGAAGGGAUUUACAUCGAGCUCUAAAGCAAAAAAGCAGGCGGCGUGUUGUCAUGUGGACUCAGGUACUCAGUAAAAAGCCAGGGUUGAAUGUAAUGAAAGAACAGAUGCCGAAGGACGCGUCAUAUAAUGUUGGCGAUAUUGUUGACGAGCACUAACUAAUUGCGAAACAUUACAGAAACAUUCCAAUGAUUGGAUUUUAUUGAUUAUUGCUUUAUCUGAAACUCUUAAUUUUAUAGUUUUGCAAUGACUCCCCAUUUAUUUCCUCCAAUUUCAAACUCUGGAGAUGCUCCAAUUUGGUUACAAUAAUCCACCCAUCACACUACAGCUGGAGGAACUCGGACAUUUCAGUCAUUUAGCAGUUCAUAGAAUCAGUGGCAGGAUGAAUGUUGAAAUUAUCAGUUCACAAUAUCAAUCACUCUGAAGCAACAUAAAAGAUAUCGGAGCUGAAGUGAUUAUAAGAUGAGCUGGUUGCCAGAACAUGAUCUGCAACCACUUUGAUCAUUAUUUGUCUACUUCACCUGCAAAAUAAUCAUUUGUGUAUCAGUUAUUCGCCUUGUUUUGCGUUUAAUUUGGGCUUCUCAGCCAAAGACUUCAACACAAUGCAAAGACAUUGUUAUAAAAACAUUCAUGGUGAUGACUGAAGUAGUUUACUUGCAUCACUUCUGUUUCACCUCUUAUGCACUGAUUUACUUAGAGUGAAAAGCCAGUUAGGUGAUGCCUCUCACGAACUGGCUCUGCGCCAAUUCUGUAUACUGAAUUGGCCAAAAAAACAGCCAACAAGGGCUGGACACACAGCAAAGUUUAGGGCAACAAACAAUCACUGACGCCAACCAACGGCUUGGUGUGUCUUGGCCCUUAUUUGAAGAUGUAAAAUUGAGCUUUGGGAAAUUUGUCAUCAUUUUCUAACAUUUUUAAGACCACAAGAUAAAUGUAAAAGAGUAUUAGCGGGUUAAUCGUUGGUCAUUUAAGAUGGUGAUCAUGGUAAACAUUAUAAAACACCAGUGUCGUCAUUGAAGGCAUGUUAGCAUGCUCUGUCUGAGACUGAAAUGUCAAAGUUCAAGCUGUAACCGAGUAAACAGGUCUGUCCUGGAACAGGACUCAGUCUGGGUCAAGUCUCAAGUCCUCGAGUCACCACUUGAACUUCAUUCACACCCAACAAAAUCUCAAAAUUAACACAGAAAAUUGAAACAAAAAUUGUCAUCCAAAGUUGUGGAUUUCACUCAGGUUUUUAGAUUUCUUUUCCAGUGGACCAAUAAUGAGCAGCUUUCACACCCAGUCACUGCCAGAAACAAGACAAGACUGAGCAUCUCAUGACUUCUUUCACACAUAAAACAAGUGUCCCAUUUAACUAUGAGUGCAGUUUCCUUUGUUAUCCUCUCCAAAAUAGAUCCUGAGUCGUCACUUGUGAUUUCUGCAGUAUCAUGCAAAUGUGCCUUCCGUCAAUCCUAACCUGCACGUCAAGCAGACAAACCAAGACAAAAACAGUUCCUGCACAUUUACUGCUUAAAAUAAAUCCACGCAGCUUCUGCUUGUGUCAGAUAUUCGUUUUUCAGUAUAAAUACAUCAAGAGUUCGAAGUCGGGUCAUUUGAUAAGCAGGCAGCAUCAUAGGAGAUAUUAAAAACAGACAAUUAGAGCUCAAUCAAUACUUGAUUUCGUCAACAUGUCUGUGGAAUCCACUUUGGGCUGUCUCCAAAUAGAAGCAUGCUUAAUGUGCUUUAAGUUGUAAGGAAACAAACUUUGAUAUAAAACAGGAUGAAACAAGCAAAAACUCUCAUGUGUACAUAGAUGAUUUCCCUGCUGACAACACUGAGGCUGGUGAAUCCGACAUUUGUCUCGCUAUGAUUACACAGAAAAUCUCGCAGCUUUAGUUGACCCAAAAAGCAAAAGCAUGUCAAAGCGGCAGGCUGCCUCUCCGCCUGCGUUGAUUUACAGAGAAUGUGUCGUCAGCCCCUUCGCUUUGUGCUCUAACAGAGACUAACUCCUGCCCAUGAAAGUGCCGCUGUGUGAGGACACACUCGAGGCUGACAGUCGUACUCAUGUUGAAUCACUGCCAGAGGCUCCGCUGUCUCUCACACACACACACACACACACAAAUACACACACACUCCUUCUCUGGUAAAGUCAGCUGGUGUGUUGGGUCAGAUCCACUGGUUAAUGAUAAGUGUGAUGUCACCAUGGUAACUAGCCUUUUCAACAAGAACUUGCCUACUAAAAAAGUUGUCUUCAUUGCUUUGUUAUUGCCUGUGUAAAUAUGAUUUUAUUUAUUGUCUUUUUAAUAUCCUCAGCAUUCGUUGUGUUGCCAUGUUUUUCAUGCCUAAGCCAUUAAGAUUUUUAAUUAAACAGUAUUUUCUUUAA